CUGAUCUAUGGUCAGUACUGCAGCCACAUGGAGAAUGCCCAGAAGAAACUGGACGAGCUAAUAGCCACACGGGAAGAUGUCAGGAUUAAAGUAGAGGAAUGUACAAUGAAAGUGCAAGAAGGAAAGUUCAAGCUCCAAGAUCUUUUGGUAGUUCCCAUGCAGAGGGUGCUGAAGUAUCACCUCCUACUAAAGGAACUUUUGAGUCACUCAACUGACCGACCCGAGAGACAACAACUGAAGGAGGCUCUGGAGGCUAUGCAGGACCUGGCCAUGUACAUCAAUGAAGUCAAGAGAGACAAUGAGACACUGAAAAAAAUCAGCGAAUUCCAAAGUUCAAUAGAAAAUCUUCAGCAGGUGAAGCUGGAGGAGUACGGGAGGCCAAAGAUAGAUGGAGAACUGAAGGUGUGCUCCUCUACGAACCGAACAAAACAGGACCGGUAUAUAUUCCUCUUUGAUAAAGUGGUCAUUGUCUGCAAGAGGAAAGGCUAUAGCUAUGAGCUCAAAGAGAUUAUUGAGCUGCAAAAUCAUAAAAUGUCGGAUGACCCGACGAACAACAGAGACAUGAAAAAGUCCUGUGGAAAAAUGUGGUCUUAUGGUUUCUACCUGAUCCAUCUGCAAGGGAAGCAGGGCUUCCAGUUCUUUUGCAAAACUGAGGAAACAAAGAGGAAGUGGAUGGAGCAAUUUGAUAUGGCCAUGUCCAACAUCAAGCCAGAGAGAGCCACAGCUAAUCAGCACAACUUUGAAAUGCACACAUUUGAUAAGAAUACCAACUGUCGAGCCUGCAAGAUGCUCUUGAGGGGCAUCUUCUAUCAGGGCUACUACUGCUCUCGCUGUGGAACAGGAGCUCACAAAGAGUGUCUAGAAGUGAUCACCAUUUGUAAAAUAAGUCCUCUUGACUUGGACCCUGGAUUAUCACCUG